UAUUGGUAAUUAAAAGAAAAACAAAUUGUGAAAUAAUUCGAGCAAAUUUUGCUUUUUUUGUAUCUCUCCGAUAAAUUUUCCGAUCGGACUUACUUCUUCUCUAACCUAGAACACACGAAAUUCUAAAAAAAAACCCUAAAAAUGGGUUGCUUCAGCAGCAAACAUCGGAACACAGAGAGUGACCUCAUCGAUGGCAGCGUACAGAGCUCAAUUCCGACAAAUCAACCACAAACCAAUGUCGUUCCCAAGCCUCAGAAACCUCCAUCUCCUCAAAUUCCGACAACAACCCAAACGAAUCAUCAUCAUCAACAACAACAACAACAACAAGAAGCAAAACCCAUUACAAAGCAGGUUCUAACUCCAUUGAAACCAAUCGUUUUUAGAGAAACAGAGACAAUUCUAGGCAAACCCUUUGAAGAAAUCAGGAAACUUUACACGUUAGGUAAUGAAUUAGGUCGAGGUCAAUUCGGUAUAACCUACAGCUGCAAAGAGAUUACAACGGGGAACAUAUACGCUUGCAAAUCAAUACUCAAGAGGAAACUAACAAGAAAGCAGGACAGAGAUGACGUAAAGAGAGAGAUUCAGAUCAUGCAGCAUUUGUCUGGACAACAAAACAUAGUUGAGAUAAGAGGUGCUUACGAGGAUAGACAAUCUAUACAUCUGGUGAUGGAGUUGUGUGGUGGUAGUGAAUUGUUUGAUAGGAUUAUAGCUCAGGGACAUUACUCUGAGAAAGCUGCUGCUGGUGUUAUUAGAUCGAUUUUGAAUGUUGUUCAGAUUUGUCAUUUCAUGGGAGUGAUGCAUCGUGAUCUUAAGCCUGAGAAUUUCUUGCUCGCUAGUACUGAUGAGGAUGCUAUGCUCAAAGCUACUGAUUUUGGAUUGUCUGUGUUCAUUGAAGAAGGGAAAGUUUACAGGGAUAUAGUAGGAAGUGCUUACUAUGUUGCUCCUGAAGUAUUAAGACGAAGUUACGGAAAGGAAAUCGAUACUUGGAGUGCAGGGAUUAUUCUAUACAUCUUGCUUUGUGGUGUACCUCCUUUUUGGGCUGAAACUGAGAAGGGGAUAUUUGAUGAGAUUCUGAAGGGAGAAAUUGAUUUUGAGAGCCAACCAUGGCCUUCUAUAUCUGAGAGUGCUAAAGACCUUGUGAGGAAGUUGCUUACUAAGGACCCUAAGAAACGAAUCUCAGCCGCACAAGCUCUUGAACAUCCUUGGAUCAGAGGAGGAGAAGCACCCGACAAGCCUAUUGAUAGCGCGGUGUUAUCUCGGAUGAAGCAAUUCCGAGCAAUGAACAAACUUAAGAAGCUAGCUCUUAAAGUUAUUGCAGAGAGUCUCUCAGAAGAGGAAAUUAAAGGCCUCAAAACCAUGUUUGCGAAUAUGGAUACUGACAAAAGCGGAACAAUCACUUACGAAGAACUGAAAACAGGGCUGGCUAAACUUGGCUCUAAACUCACUGAAGCUGAAGUGAAGCAACUCAUGGAAGCAGCUGAUGUAGAUGGUAAUGGAACAAUCGACUACAUCGAGUUUAUCUCAGCAACGAUGCAUAGAUACAGAUUUGAUCGAGAUGAACACGUAUCCAAAGCCUUCCAAUACUUCGACAAAGACAACAGUGGGUUUAUCACAAUGGAUGAGUUGGAGUCAGCCAUGAAAGAGUAUGGUAUGGGAGAUGAAGCUAGCAUCAAAGAAGUCAUAGCAGAAGUUGAUACAGAUAAUGAUGGAAGAAUAAACUAUGAAGAAUUUUGUGCGAUGAUGAGAAGUGGUACCACGCAGCCACAACAAGGGAAACUUCUUCCAGGAUCUAUUGAUGAUUUGAUCAUAGAAAAAUCUUGAUAGCGAAACUUAAAAUUAGUUAGAUAGCCAAAAUUGAUUAUUUCAUUCA